CCUGUGGCUGGUCUAGUGUGACCUUCUUGCAAUGGACCAAAUACUAGCCGGAAAGGCUAUUGGUCCAAAUAUUUCUGCUCGCAUGUUUUGGACAUUGUAGAGUAUAGAUAUGAUUGAUAAGAUUAUUGAUUGAAUCCUGCACAGCGGAAAGUGGCCUUGAUGUGGGUGGCAGCGGCUGCCGCCAUCGGAAUUUCCCUGUUCGGCACCGUCUUGUGGACGGGACACGAGCUGCCAUCCACGGUCGCCACGGCUGUCUAUGCCGCCACCACCCGGACGCUCUACUGCGGGGGCCUUGCUUGGGUCAUGUACGCUUGUCUCACAGACAGAGGCGGAUUCGUGACUAGUGUCCUGGCGUGGCCCGGAUGGGCUCCAAUCAGUAGACUUUCCUUCUGCAUUUAUAUCAUCCAUGACUUUAUGCUCUACUACCAGUGGAUCAGUUUCCCGGGCAAAGUUCACGGCGGCUACUAUUUCAUGAUGACCGUGGUGGCUGGGAACUGCGUCGGCUCAUUCGUGAUGGCCUUCGCGCUGCACGCAUUCUUCGAGAGGCCUCUCAUCCUGAUGGCCACCGUGCUGGAAGAGCGCUGCCUGCCAUGGCGGAGGUCCACCGCCUCCGACGGGCGGGCCGCCUCUGCGCAGGAGGACGGCGUCGUCACCCCACGCAGGGUCACCACCGUCAGAGGUCGAAACGACCGCACUAAGCGCCUCUGAAGAAACGCACGCCAAAGGAUGCUACGCCGUAGCAGCCUUAUGUACAGUCAUGCGCCUGUCGAACUGCCCAGGAAGCAAAUGGAUGCAGCGCCGCUAUCCGGACUUCUUUGUUCACCAACCAGGGCGCCACGGUUUAGGGAAUUGUAGGACGUCUAACAUAUUUACGUAAGCCUCUGUACGUCCGAAAAAAAAAAACGUGACGGUCGCCCAACAGGUAUUUAAAAUAAAACAAAUUGAAGGAC